GCGCGCGCGCACACACACACGCACACGCACACACGCACGCACACACACACACACACUCAUGCGCCUGUCGCCCGGCCGCGGAGCGCACGGGAGACGUGGACACCCUCGCAGCUUCUCAGUGAGCGUCAGAGGUCUGCGGGAGACGCGCGCGCACAGGAGCCUGCGGGAGGACACCGCCGCGCGAGGAGCCCACGAGCGUGCACGAUGCUGGGAGCUGUGAAAAUGGAGGGACACGACCACGCAGACUGGAGCAGCUACUACACGGAGCCAGAGUGUUACACCUCAGUGGGCAACAUGAACACAGGACUGGCCAUGAACUCCAUGAACACCUACAUGAGCAUGUCUGGGAUGAGCACCUCGGCCAACAUGACGGCCAACACCAUGAACAUGUCCUACGUGAACACGGCCAUGAGCCCUUCCAUGACGGGCAUGUCUCCGGGCGCGGGCGGCAUGAACCCCAUGGCCCACGGGGGCGGCAUGGCGGGCAUGAGCGCGGCGCUCAGCCCCAGCAUGAGCCCCAUGAGCGCGCCGCCGCCGCCCUCCAUGAACGCGCUGUCCUCCUACACCAACAUGAGCGCGGCCAUGAGCCCCAUGUACGGACAGUCGGCCAUGAACCGCUCGCGCGACCCCAAGACGUACCGGCGCAGCUACACGCACGCCAAGCCGCCCUACUCGUACAUCUCGCUCAUCACCAUGGCGAUCCAGCAGUCGCCCAGCAAGAUGCUCACCCUGAGCGAGAUCUACCAGUGGAUCAUGGACCUCUUCCCCUUCUACCGGCAGAACCAGCAGCGCUGGCAGAACUCGAUCCGCCACUCGCUCUCCUUCAACGACUGUUUCCUCAAAGUGCCUCGAUCCCCGGACAAGCCGGGCAAGGGCUCCUUCUGGACCCUGCACCCGGACUCGGGCAACAUGUUCGAGAACGGCUGCUACCUGCGCCGCCAGAAGCGCUUCAAGUGCGAGAAGAAGCUCUGCAAGGAGUCGGGCCGCGGCGGCAAGGGGUCCGAGGGCGGCGGCGGCGCGCACAGCGGCUCCGACAGCUGCAGCACGGGGGGCGACUCCCCGCACUCCGGUUCGCCCGGCGGCGACCCCAAGAGGUCCGGGGCGCCCGAUCUGAAGUCAGGCCGGCCGCUGAGCGCGGAGCGCGCCGUCGCGCCGCCGCCGCCGCCGCAACAAGCGCCGCAACAACAGCAGCACCAUCAGCACGCGCUGGCGGCGCACGAGGCGCACCUCAAAGCGGAGCACCACUACGCGUUCAACCACCCGUUCUCCAUCAACAACCUCAUGUCGUCGGAGCAGCAGCACCACAAAAUGGACCUGAAGGCGUACGAGCAGGUGAUGCACUACUCGGGCUACGGCUCCCCCGUGGCGGGCGCGCUCCCGGUGGGCUCGGUGGCGAGCAAAGCGUGCUUGGACUCCUCUUCCAUACCCACCGACACGGCGUACUACCAAGGUGUGUAUUCCAGACCCAUUAUGAACUCUUCUUAAAUAGUAAUAAUGACAAUGAUGACCAUAAUCAUGAUAAUAAAAAUAAUAAUAACAACAACAACAACAAAAAUAAAUAAAUCCUGCACAUGGACAUUUCCCAGCAAUUUGUACAUUUGUAAAAAAAUGAUAGUUUGUGCACAUGCAUUCCGAUGCAUUACAAAUAUUUUUGAUGUCACCCCCUCCGCGCUGGUUUAGUUGUCGAGUUUGUUUAGUAAUUAUUUUGUAACAGGUUGUUUAGUAUGUGACAGAAUCUGAUUUUUUUUGCUGUUUUUCAUGCUCACGUCGUGGCUUUUAAUACGGACCAAAAAGCGAUGAUGAAGUGUUGUAAAAUAAGGCACGAGGACACCGGGGCCGGUGGUGGGAAACACGACCACCCAGUUUGGGACUUCUUCACCUGUUUGUUGUAAUCCUUAUUUAUGGCUUGUAAAUGUGUAUUCUUGUAGCUGACCACGAG